AUAAAUUAAGAGCUUUGCUCAUUCCUGUCAAUUAUUUUUUGAAUUUCUUCAUUCACCGCCGAGCCCUUUGAGUUGACUUUUUUUCGUUUGUCCCUACAUUCCAGAUAUAGUACCACGCAUGAUAUCUUUCAAAGCAAAAAAAAUUAAAUCUGUUUAACUCUACUCUAAUCUUCUGCUAAUUGGAAACUAUCAUGGACUCAUCGCCCAGUGAACCAGUGCAAGGCAGUCACAAAGAAACACAUGAAAAUCGACCCCAAACCAGAUCAGUAACAAGAGCAAAUUCGUCAUGUGGGCCAUCCAACUCGGCAUCUCAUUCUCAUAGCUUAGCCCAAUCACCCGGCGCUGGUCAGCAGACCAACGGUCCAUCAUCUACUGAGCCCCGAAAAACUCCUGGACGGCGUCCGCAAACUAGAUCCGCAACAGAAGCAGAAACACUGCGUGAAUCGUCUACGCCACCUUCCAAAUCCCCGAAUAAUCCGCCUGAGUCCGCAUCAACUGUCGACAGGAUCGACACUUCCACAGAUGCAACGCACGCAUCGUCUGCCAGACAAGGAGGGGUCAUCCGCCAGGAGCCACAUGGAAAACAUCCCCAAACCAGAUCCAAAAUGAAGUCACAGUCUUCGCAUGAAUUGUCCUCAUCGGCUUCAGAUCCCAUAGAAGGUGAGUCUACACAAUGUUGUGAAAUGUCCAGCCAAACCAAGAAAGAAAUUCCUGCGGCCAAGGAAUCUCCAUAUAAGAAAGAUCAAGUGCAAUUCGACCACGAUCCGCGAUCUAGUUCCCAGAAUGUUUUGGCUUCAGAAUCAUCCACAAGUAACACACAACCGGCAACACAAGCAAUGGGGACAUUCGAGGAGCAGGAAGUAAGAUCUAAGGUGACAUCGCAAAAUUUCAAAAGUGCUCAGAGUGUACCAAAACUUAUUAGUAGAGCACAGCCCCAGUCCGCAGAGGUUGGUAAGGCGCUUGACUCUCGCCAAAAAGCCGAUGAUGCAUCAGAUAGUGGGUCAGUAGAAGAGAAGCCCACAAAGUCACCCGGGAAGCGUUCCCUGGGAGAGUCUGACAAAAAAUUUGAGGCUUUACAUGUAUCAUCCAAACCACCGUCUGAUUCUUUUGCGCAUGCACAACCUGAGUCUGCAUCAACCGACGACGUCGUCAAACAAACAGAUAGUCAGCGGUUUACCGGAAAGAGGCCUGCAUUGGUGCCGGAAAGUGACGAUGAGCCAAGCAAGGUGCAGCGAACCAAUGGCUGGAGGCCGGUAGAUGGCUGCAUUCCAGAAGACCACAAUACAGGGUCACAUAGGUGGCCUCCGCAAGCCAGCGAGUCAUCCCCAUUCAAUUACAAAUGCGAAGUGAAAACAGAACAAUCGGCUGGAUCACUCAACCCAGUUUCAGGAUCUGUUACACAUGCAGAGCCAAAGUCCGCAUCUACCACUAAGGUGGUCAAUAAUCGAUACUCUUUCAGCGAGGGAUCCCCGCUAAAACCGGAAGAUAACAACGAACAAACCACUAAUAAGAAGAUGCAAGUUGAUGACAAGAUGGAUCUCGACCCACGAACUGCUCCCCGGCAAGCUAGCGUUGAAGGAGAAUCAUCCACCGCCAACGCACAACCGAGCAAAGACGAAACAGUACCAGUUGAGGAGCAGAAAGAAGCAUCAAAAAUGAAUUCACAGGAUCCUAAUCGCAUCCAGACUGGGCCAGGACAUACUGGCAAGGCCAAAUACAUUCCCGGAAAGACAACACGAGACGGCGCAGAAAUUUGCGGCUACCAAGCUAUAAAACCCAAAAAGGGGCCUGUCAGGAUGCAAUAAACAGCUAUCUCCAAUCCAAGUGUGUUAUAUCGGUUGGAAAAGCCCGAGUGAGCAAGCGCGGUGAAUGGGAAACAGAAAACAUCAAGGACAUCUUGCAGCGACGGGAGAAGGGCCUCGAAACCACAAAAAUACGAAUAA